GUGACACGAUGGCGUCCCGAUGACCAAGUAUCGAAGACUGGACCUGUCUGGUCGCGGCGGGUUUUAAAAAUCAAUAUUGUGCUUCUCAUGCUUGUCAGGACUUACAGAUAUCUGGGAAUAGAUAGGAGCAGCAUUCAGAUCAGCAAUAAGACAUAAUCUUUACAGAUGGAAAAGUAUAGAAAAGCUGCGUAACAUAAAAUACUAAUUUCUCUUCAAUACAUUCUCCUGCACCAACGUUUGACGUUUCUUGUUUCCCAAGCUUUACAUUUGUCCCACUCGCAAGUCAAAGUCUUCCUCAUCCAAGCCAGCUCUCGAAUAUGCAUUUUCUCUGUCUCCAUGGAAGAGGUACCAACGCGAAACUAUUCGAGAUGCAGACAGCUGCAAUUCGAUAUGAGCUUGGGGAUCGACAUACGUUUGAUUUUGUUGAGGGUAACAUGCCUUACGAUAUCGAUCCUAACGUUAAGAGCAUGCUAGCUGGGGACGAAAAGACCUGGGCUUACUUCCAAGAGGACGAACCUAAGACAGCUCUCAAAGCUAUCAAUGAUCUCGAUGCUUUUGUCGAGGCACAGGGGCCUUACGAUGGUGUGAUUAGUUUCAGUCAAGCCUGCGGGCUUGUAGCCACAUGGAUCAUUCAUCGUAUGAGGCAGGGCAAGCUCAGCGUUCGAUGCGCAAUUUUUCUGUCGGCGGGCUCACCCGCAGUCGACUUCGACUCCCUCAAAGAGGGAAAUGUCGUUGUCCUCCCGCAGCAAAAGAUGGGGGGCAUUAUCGACAUCCCCACGGCGCAUGUGUGGGGGCUUGCUGACCCGUAUGCAGAGGUGGCACAUGGAUUAAGCAUGCUCUGCAGAUCAGAUGUGAAGUCGGAGUUUAUCCAUGAAGGCGGCCAUGAGGUUCCCGGCGCAGGAUCCAAAGAGGAUGUUACUAGCAUUGUCAAUAUUGUUCGCCGCACCACUCUCUUGGCUCAGGCUUGAGGGGUAUCUUUUGUCAGAACGGUGGAAUAGAUAAGCGAUUGUCAUGUUACCUAGUCUUGAUUGGAUAGACGAAUGCAAGCGACUUUAUCACGGAUUCCAGCUCUAAAGAAUAUUGACUUUUCAUUGAC